AUGAAAGGGAGCUCAAAAUCAGCGACAUAUCCAUCGAGUUUGAAGCCUUUGACACUUCGUGCGCGUGCUGGAAGUACACCAGGACUGGACAGCAAGCAAAUGAAUUCGUUGAUUAAUAAGAAUAACACUUUCAGUCGGAUGUUGUGUAAAGACUCGGAUACUGUCGACUCCCCAACACCAACCCUCUCAGCCUCUCGCUCAUCCCGCUCAUCAUCAAUCAUUUCCAUCAAUUCGCCAACACCACAAAGCGAAUCCGUAAUAAGCUCAGGACGAGUGAUUAAAGUGGCUCCCGCCAAGCAAGAUACUGUCUCGAUACUUUCUGACGAAACCGACAUGAACGAGACUCCACGCACCCCUCAUUCCCUUUCUUGUGCUGAAGUCAUUGAAUCGGAUGGAGACUCUCCAGAUUACGGUCUCUCACCAAUUUCUCCACCAUUCUCUGCCAAAGAUGGGCCAGAAGACGUUUUCGAGAGAGUCAAGACUGCUUCAGUCUCCACUUCGGAGAGUGUGAAAAAAGAAGGAAAAGAGGAAGAGAAGAAGGGAGUGAGCCCAUUCCGUUCCCUAUACAUUGAUGAAGUCGUUUGGCAAAUCGACGACGGUGUCUUUGCAUCGUCAAUUGAUUCGGUCAACAAUAACUCACUUAUGUGUCGAUUGAAUAUUGAAUUCAUCUGUGAGAUUGCAGAUGAAUCGGCUGACCACGUCCAAGAGUCAAGACGUCAAAAUCGUGGAUUCGAGUGCCCAUGUUUCUGCAAUCGUGCCAGCAGUCACUUCCGCUACUUUCUCUCCUAUAGCCUUCCAGAAACUGAGCAACGCUGCAUGCAGCUCACUGAGGAGACCAAUCUCAACGACAUGUUUAAUGGAUUCAUCGACUUGGUGCAACGUGCUCGUCGUGCCAAUCGCAGUGUGCUCGUGUGCAGUACUCGUGGAAGAAAUCGCGCACCAGCCUUCGCUGCAGCUUAUGUGAUGAGCAAAGAGCAGAUUCCACGUCAACAGGCGGUUGCCAAGGUCCGUCAGGCAAUGGGAACGAUGCGUCCACCGGUGAAUAUCUCGGACUUCAUGCAGAGAAAGUUAAUGAGAUUCCAACAACAUCUCGGAAUCGACCCAUCCAAUGCCUACGAUCCGACCCACACUCUUCCACUUUUCCACGUCAAACGAUCUGCAUGGACUUAA